AGCGCGGGAUACAUCCAAUAGAAUUUAAUUUAACGUACGAUUUAUUCGUAUGUACAGUUAUGUAUGUUCAAUGUGACCGUUUUUUAUAAGGAGACGCUUCUGACGUUUAUUAACACUGUCACGCUUCCGACAUACUUCCGGUAGCAUGCUCUCAAAUGUUUGCAGAUUUUUGCUAGGUCAGUUUUAACUUUGUUUUUACUUUGUAAUAAGCGUGUAAUAAACGAUGAAAGUUCCACAAAGAAGCGAAAAUAUAAAUUCCCCCGCCGAUCUCCGUUGUGUGCUAAUGAAGGCGCACCAGAGAACCGCCCUGAACGACUUGAAGAAAAAAAUUCAAGACAAGGAGACUCUGAACGAGUAUGUAAAAGUGCUGAUGUCCGCACCUUCGCACGUGACUGCCUCAAUCAUUCUCAAAAAGCUGGAUAGCAUUUGUAGUCAGUACCGGACGACUAACAAAACCAUUGUGAGUUGGUUCACGGUGGAGUUAUUAAACUGUGAGGGCGUUGCCGACGCGUAUAUUUUCCUGGCUCUGAAAUAUCUCGUCACGCCGGAGACUUUCGAGCCGUUCAACUUCAAGCGCAGCGGUUCAGAGGACAACGGCGCUCGCGGAUCAAUAGCGUUGGACAACCUUUUGAGUGCCAAUCGCUUGAAAAGGCUGCGGGAUAAACUCAACCUAGUUUUCAGCUGCCAGAACAUUCAAAUACGCGUGAUUGAGGGCUUACCCAAACACACUCUGAAUGCUGAAAUUUCUUCCGAGUUCAUAGCGGCUGCCAUAGAUGCACUGCAUUCCUCUUACGAUGCCGCCACUCGCACUCUCAACCUCUCGCGUUUUCACGCCAAGCCGGAGUUGGGCCCACACUUUUGCCCUUUGUACGUGGAAAAGUUUUUGGAGUGCGUUCUGCAUUUAAUAUUGAAAAAAACGCCCAAGGUGUCUAAACUGAUUCUCAGCGACAACUACUUGUGCUCGCUGAAGGCAUUUAGUAUUAUUCCCAAUGGAAUGCUAGCCGGCUUGGAGUGCCUGGAUAUUAGCUCUAAUAAUAUUCGCGAUGUGGUCGAUCUCCAAUUUCUGGUCAAUCUGAAAUUAAAGAAUAUAAUCCUGCAGGGGAAUGGGAUGGCUAAGCUAAAGCUGGAUGAGAUUCUUACCAUUCUUCCCCGACUCCAGAACGUGCAGGGAUGUUUCCAAACGCAGUACAAGGAGAACGUGACGAUGGGUCUGCCAAAUUUGAAGCUAUUCGAUAGUACAGAGCCCAAUGUCCGCCUCUUUGCCAAUAACUUUAUUAAGCAUUUCUACCAGUUCUUCGAUCGUCCCAACCACCGCUCCCAGCUGGAGCAACACUACCAUGAGGGAGCCACGUUCUCCUUGAGUGUGCCAGAGACGAUGAAGCAGGUCUGUGCGUACAGGCUCUACAAUCGGAAUUACAAGACCACACAGUCUAAAUUUGCCCGCUCGGCAAAGCUGCAGGUUGGUCGUAAUGCUGUGGUGCAUGCCCUGGGUCGCUUGCCCAAGAUGGAAACCUACCUCCCAGGUGCCGCUGUAGACGUCCAGGUGCUCACUUCUCACGUGCGCAUUGUCACAACGACUGGCCACUUUAUGGAGCACAGUCCCACUGGCAGUGAUCUACGUCACUUCCAGCGCAACUUUGUAUUGGAACAGCAAGAAUCAUCUGAUGUCUGGUUGAUAAAGAACGAUAUGCUCUGCAUCACUCCAUCCAUUGAGGAAAAUCCUAUUAAUGAGAACAUUAAGGCUAAAGAGGACAUGGAGCAAAUGAGCAUCAACAAUCAUGGCCAUAAGUACCCAAUGAUACCUUCAAAUGCAAAUAGUAAUGAAAAAUCCUACGAUGAUAUGUUAAAGGAAUUGAUGAAAAUGGAUUCGUUCACUAAAGAAAGCCACUCGCCUGUAAUAGAUAAAGCUCCGAUAAUGCAUUCAAAAGAAAUGGAAAACGAGCUUAUGCCUCGUUUGGUGCCUAUCCCACCCUCAAAUUCGAAUAAUGAUAAAGAAAUCAUUCCCAAGCCCCAAAUAGAAGUUAAUUUAAAUGAUAUUAAGUUGGAACAAGAGAUCGAUGAUACCGUAUUUGAUAAUUCUGAAGAUGAUCUACUAUGUAUCAGUUUGGACGACGACGUUCUAUUAUGUAAUUGAUUAUUAUAAUUCAUAUAUCACUCAUUUGUCAUAUGUAUAUACAUAUGUAGGUAAAUACAUCAAAUUGCUUAG